AUGGACGCUACCGACCCCCUCUGCGCCAUCUCCUCGACUGCGCGACUCCUUCCGCGAACCCUUGGCCCCGCCCCCGCCAUCGGGCCUUCCCCCUCGAAGGCCCGCGACGCGCUCCUCGAGGCCAUCGCACUCGCCCGGUCUCUGAAAGGGUCUGAGGAGCUGGUUAAGCAGGCUACAAUGGUGCCGAAGGAACACGGGGACAUCCAGGCUCUCUACCAUGAUGAUGGAGUGAAAGGCAGGCCUCCUGCAAAUGGCAGCAAAGAGCAACAGGGAAGAAGGCCAGCACUGGAUCGUAAACGGGCUCGGUUUGCUAUGAAGGACACUGGAAGCAAACCGGUGCCUGUUGUGGAUCAAUCUAAGUUAUCAAAUAUUUUAGAUCCAAUCACAUUCUUCAUGACCUUGGAUCGGCUUGAAGGGUGGCAUCGAAUUUCAGAGUUAGAGAAACAUUUGUUUCCUGGAGGUGCAGCAAAUGCUAAAUGCACAGAUGAUGAAUCUAAAGGGUCACCGGAUAUUGUGAUGGGUGAACCAUCAUUGGUGCAUUAUUCUUCUGAUGUUCUGAUGACUGAUGAGAACUUUACUGCAAGUGACGUUGACAGGGAGACCCCAAAUCUGGGUGCUAGAGCAGCAGACCCUGUUCUUGAUCCUGAACCAAACUUGCCUGAUCAUGCAUAUGAAAGGCAACCUGGAGGUUCCUCACUUGGUUUGUACAGAGACACAGAAGUUGGAGUUGCCAAAGAAAAUGAGACAUGUAGCAAGAGCAUUAUAUUUGUGGAGGAAGAUGAUGUGCCAAUAGACUAUAUAACUAUUGGCAGGUCUACUGAUGAAACAGAAGUUUCUUCUUCUCAUCCUUUGGAGGGCAGCUCGACAGAAGAAUUGGUCACUAAACCAGUUAGACAUGCGGCUCCAGAUGGUAUCUGUAGGACUUCACAUGCAGCUGAGGAUAGCAUUCAACAUCUAGUAACGGUCAAAGAGGGUGGUGUCCUACAAGAUAAGUCAAGCCAGUUGUUGGAGAUGCCUCAGGAAGAUAUUAAUCCACUGAAUCAGGCUCAGAUGCAUGGUGGAAGCACUAAGAAAUCGGCACCUGAUCUAUCCCCGACCAAACAGAAGAAGCAACAAGCAGUUCAAGAAAGGAAAAGGAAGCAACAGUCAAAGAGGGGAAAAAAGUGGCUGUGUAUUUUCUUUACAGGUGAAUCCCUGAAAAUACCCCAAACAAAUUUUGAAUCGGAGAAUCAACCUCAUAAUGAUGAUGUCAACAUUGAGAAACAGACAAUUACGAGUAGCACACCUUCACCAAAUGGUGCCAAGGAGCAAAAGAGAGCUCAAAGGAGAAACCAGCCCAAAAAAAGGAAUCAAAGAAAAAUCCUUGGAGAUGCUGACCUUGCAUGCCAGCCUGGAGUGAGAAAAAGCUCAAGAACACGCUCAAGGCCUUUGGAGUAUUGGCUUGGUGAAAGAUUACUAUAUGGGCCUAUACAUGACAAUUUGCAUGGAGCUAUUGGCAUCAAAGCAUACUCCCCUGGCCAAGAUGGCAAGAGAUCAUUGAAAGUGAAAUCUUUCGUGCCUGAACAGUAUUCAGAUCUUGUUGCUAAAUCUGCAAGGUAUUGAAGCCAAGAUUUUCCAAAGAGGAUCACGCCUUGUGACCUGUUGCUUUGUCACCUCACUAUGUGAUGUUGACAUGUAUUGGUAGAACUGCAGUACUGCACAACGAAAUGCAUGUUAACUUAGGCAGGUAUCAAAUGGAUGAGUAUCUAGUUUGGAUGCGCUACUACCCAUUCGGCUACUCGCUACGUGGAGUCUAGGGUGUCAAUUGACAUUUGCAUGUAUACAUAGUGGUACUUGAUAGUAAGACAGUUUUAGGUUCAGACUCUUGAAAA